AUGUUGGUAUGUAUCACUUCAAUUGACCUCGCCUAAAAUAGUUAUCACCAGGAUAGGACUAACCCCCCGGUGUAGAUUAAACCAGCUACAGAAAUAAGGAACCCCAGACACACACUCGACGACGACGACUUGAACGAUGAUUCCCAACCCAAUCCAAUCCCACAAGUUCAAACCACGUUGGACCCGUCUACAGCGUAUGACUCCGUGUUGAUAGUUCCAAACACAAUCAGCCUAAUCCAGUCUCAACUACCCUCAGCCAAAACCGUGGGCCGUGUAGUCAUCGAUUACCCGGAACUAUACAACGUGGAAACGGAACAACUUGCAGAGUACGAUGAAGACGAACAGUUGUACGCCGCCAUGAAGCAAGAGCAUCUCAAAACAGAAUUCCCGAAACUUGAAAUCCCCAUCAUGGCAAGCAACCGCAUACUUUGCAUCGCCAUGCCCCAUUUCAAAAACAUCAUCACCUACAAUAUCCUUGCUCGGGACUUGGUCAAACUGGUGAGUAUAGACAAAGAAUGGGUUCUCUUGUCCCCUUCAAACCUCAACAACGGCCAAACGGUGAAUAAGCUAGAGUCGCUGUUCUCAACUAGCUCCAACCCGGUGUUGGCCAAAGUGCCCCUGCUUCAACCUCCUCAUACAAUAACAGGCGCAAGUGCCGCCAUCUUGUCCCAGUUGAACUUGGCGCAAGCACCCCACGUGACCACCCUCGUCUUGGACUCAGAAGGUCAGUUGGGAUAUGAAAAAUCAGAUAAUGACGCCAUUGUCGAUACAGCGUAUAUCCUUGCCUCCGUUUUGCCCAUCGACCAGCAGGCAUAUGUCGAGCUGAUAUCUUCCAAAGUGAGGAAAUUCAACGGGUACUCGAAUCUAGGGAUGUACAUUUGA